AUGCUCUGUACUAUAUGCGACAACAUCGCCCUCAAGUCCCUGAACCGCUCUCAGGGCUACGAGCACAUGCCAUCUUUCCACGCUCUCCAAGCAUCUGCGGAGGACGGCCUGUGCUCUCUGUGCUGCAUUCUCUGGAGAGAAGUUGACUUUCAUCGCACACAAGAAGCCAAGCAUAGAGAGGAGGAGGGAGACGACGAAGAGGAUGACGAUAUCCUGUUCAUGGACUAUCCAGUCCGACUGGCAGUCGAUGGCAUGGUUUUCGAAAACAAAAAGAGAACACUCAAAAAGCUGAGAGACCUCUCCAACGCAGGGCGCGACCAAAGUGAGAAACGCCUGCUUGGUCAUACCCAAGAGUUGUACGAGUUGCGAACGGCAAAGGCGCCGGCCACGCUUCUCAUCUGCUCACUCCAGCCUGAGGAGUUUCAGCUGGGACUGAGAUUGGUGGAACGUGGGAGCGCCUCGGUCUACCGGGAACCUCGCAUUGAUAUCUUUAACGGGGAUCCCUACGCAGGGCGGCGCGUCUCGUCACAAGCGAACUCGGCUGCAUGCUACAAGCUCAUUGCUCACUGGAUCAGGGUUUGCUUGGCGGAGCACAAACACUGCAAGCGAGUUGUGUGUCCAUACAGCUGGACAGAUGAACCUGAAACGUGGGCCCGGUCCCCGAGUUACCUGUCAAGCUCUUCCAAAUCUGAGCUCCCGUACGAUCCUCCCGUGGUGGAACCCCUCGUCGAGACGGUUCCAGACGCUACUGAGCCAAUAGUUGGUCUGGAAACCGACUUCGGCACCUCAUCUUCGGAGAUUUCGUCGGACAGACCUCUAAAGCGUGCCAGAGCCAGUUCUCCCAUGCGGGCGUCACACUCGGAGGAUUUUGAUACCCCUUUAACACGUUUUGGACCAGACCCAGUCGUCAAAGGGUCAAAUCUAAAGCGUCUCGAGGAAGUUGCCGCAGAGCAGUUAACAAAUACUAGCUCGCUGAAGAAACGAUCCCCCCUGAGUAAAGGAAUCCUCUGCAACAAGGAACACACCCUUAAGCGCGGGAGCGACGGCUUGCUCGAUGACGGCUAUUAUCAGCUAUAUCACCGCAGCGAGGAUUUGCUCGAGUUACGAGACAACUUGCUGUGGCACUCCAACGUCGAAAUGCCCUCUGAGCCGCCGCCCCUUCUCCCCACGAGGUACAUCUCCGUGGACAGCAAUCCUCCGCAGCUCUGCAUCGCGGGCCCGGAUUCUCGUGGGUUCUACAUUGCUUUGAGCCAUUGUUGGGGUAGAACUCGACCCCUGGUGACGACCACAGUGACUCUACCGGACCGUGUGAAGGGAAUACCCUUGAAGGAUAUGCCGCGAACUUUCCAAGAUGCGGUAAUCAUCACAAGGGAGCUCGGAAUCGAAUAUUUAUGGAUAGACUCGCUCUGCAUAUUGCAAGACUCCAAGGAAGACUGGGAAAAGGAGGCAGCGAAGAUGGGCAGCGUGUACGGCAACGCGUUCCUCACCAUCAGCUCCGGAGCCUCGGAAGACAGCAAGCAAGGCAUCUUCCGGCCGCGGACUCUCCCACCGGGCCCGCCGGCCAUCUAUGUCGACUACAGACAAAAGAACACGCCAUUCCAAGAACCACAGUCUACGGACGUCAGGGCGUGGUGUUUUCAGGACAUGGCGCUCUCUCCGCGCGUGCUAGUGUACGGCAAGGAGAUGCUAGGCUGGCUGUGCGACAGUGUCACCGACGUCGAGCACGGCCACGUCGUGGAACACUACGAGGAUCCCAGUCCUCCCCUCCUGGCGCCUCGCCUGAUCCAUAAACCAGCUGAGAAUCCACUCGAGCAUCUCGGCCUCCCCUUCACCUUGUACCACUACUUGCGGGAGCGCGAGCGGUCCUUUGGUCGCUGGGCGUCGACGGUGAACGCUUUUACCAAACGCAAGUUGACGCAGGAGAGCGACAGGCUUCCAGCCCUCUCCGGCAUCGUGAAGGAGCUCCAGCUGGAGACGGGCGACGAAUACUUGGCAGGGCUAUGGCGGCAGGACAUCUGGCACGACCUCCAGUGGGGGGUGGACAUUGUGUUCGCAGGAAAGGACGCCGAAUGGCGGCGACCUGCAACAUACCGGGCCCCCUCUUGGUCGUGGGCGAGCAUCGAGGGCCCCGUCCGCAUGGACCUCCAUCCCUCGGAGCUGGAAAAAGCACAUGGCGACGUCGCGCCCCCUGCGGACGAUGUUCAUCUCCUGGAGGCCAAGAUCCAAACAGUCGGGCAAAAUCCAUACGGCGAGGUUAGCGGCGGGUAUUUGAAGCUGUCGACGCGGCUGUGGAAGGUGGUCUUGCGCCCAUUCCAGAACAAAAGUUUCACAAAUCCCAAAGUCUGGCUCCGGAGGGAGAAGUGGAGAGAUAGGAGGAUCAUGGACAGGCAACUGGAGGUGCAUACCCCGGAGGGAAAGAGGAUGGGCCAGUGCGUUAUCGACAUGCCGGACGAAAGAGAAUGGGACGCAACAGAGCUCUGGUGGGUGAAGUUGGAUGUGGACCAGGCUGGAGUGCUGGUAACGAAAGCCAAGGAGGGAGAUGCGUUUGUGAGGGUUGGGACGGCGUGUCCCACGGAGACGGAGACGGUGGAGAUUGUCUUAGUAUAA